UCCAAACAUAUUUUACGGUUCACUGAUGGCAGUGUCCUUUUAUUUGCAACAAAUAAACGAGAAAAUUGAUGAUAUUGUUGGGCAGACGAAACGGGUGAGCAAUGUUAGCGCAAACAGAUAUGUGAAGGAUAAGGCUUAUUGCGAGUUGAGCGAUAGAUUGGACGAGAUAACAGCACAUCAUUCUAGACUGAUUGAGCUGACAAUCAGAUUGAAUCGACUGUGUUCGUUUCAAAUAUUACUCAGCAUAACAAACUUCUUUGGAAUAUUGCUGAUUGAGAUUUUCCUAGCAUAUUUGUUCAUAGCAGAAGGAUUACUAACAGGCCAACCGAUCGAUGUUCCAUUUUUAAUGAUUGUUCUCAUCUAUGCCCUUUCCCUAUUCACCGAACUUCUUCUUUUCGCUGUUGGAUGCACUAACGUUAAACGAAUAUCCGAUUGCAUUGGAUACAGUUUGCACAGAGAGUUUUUCUCAGACAUUGACGAGAGAUUGAAGCAGAGUAUGGAACGAUGUUCGAUACAGCUACUACACUACAAGUUAAACAUAACAGCAUCGGACAUGUUCUGUGUUGAAAACAAUUUGACUUUCUCGGUGAGCUAAAGAUUUAGGAUUCAGCCAAUCUUGCUUUCUGCUCU